UUAUGUCAUUUUUAACAUCUAGACAUAUAUUAUAUGUGGUGACUCGCUGCCGAGACGAGGAUAAACCUUCUGUGGAAGUGCGUACGGUUGUGACGUUGUGAGUACGAGUGUAGUCCUAGAAUGAUGAUCGCGAAUCCUGUGAGAACGAGUUUGCAGAUAUAGUCCACAGAUGGAGUCCCAUAUAUACGGGUCAAGAAUCGGGACAGAAAACGGAUUUUGAAAACAUGUAAAGUGGAAUAAAUCAAGAGGGAAUGUUUGGCAUCGACUUAGAAGAAGAGAAGUUAAUGGCAACCACCUUCGUUUCAAUGCGGUAUUUCAUAAUAUAUACCAAAGCAGAUUCUCGUGAAACCAAAGAAAGAGAAGAUUGCUCCUAAUCGCUUGCAAAUGGUGCCUGAAGAAUUGGUUUAUCAACUAUGUGUGUUUUCUUCUGGUGAUAAUUGGUUAGAGUUCAGGAAAAUUGCUGAGGAAUUGUUAAAUCUUCCUGAGAUGAUUUUGUUAACCAGUGGUCUUGGAUUUCAGUUAAUUGAAAAUCUACUGAACAUAUUAGUUGUGGAUAUAUUUGGGGUGGGCAAGAAGGAUGUUGGAAAAACAUCCUCACAACAUCUACAUGAUGAUAGAGCCACUCCUCUGCAGUUUGAUCAUGAACGAAGUGCUGAUAUAAAAUUGAUUCUGCAACUUGUUCACACUUUUACGAACCAGGUCCCAGAAACCUCUUAUUACCAUUUGCGAUUUAAAUAUCGUUUAAUUGAAGUUUUGUUCACUCUGUUCAGUGAAACACAGCAUAGAAUACAUUUGGUGGCAUCUGCAAUUGCAGAAAAGCUUCUAACAGCAACACCCAUGUCACAAAACAACAAGCUGUUUAGUUUACAAAGCAUCAAAUCUCUACCAGCAAUUGUAUCUCGCAUGAACAAUGACUCUCUGUUGUAUUUCUAUCAUGUGAUAUCAGUGGUCAUGUCAGAUUGUGAGCUAUGUGGGAGUGUUUCACUAGAGCAGCAUGAUCAAUGGCUCAAUGACAGCUCAGUUGCUGACACUGCUGCUCUAAAUCAAGAGUUCUUACUCAGUCUUCCAUCACACCUUGAAAAUAUGUGUUUGAGUGCAAGUAGACCAGCAUCUGAGGUGACCAGACCAUUAAGCCUUCUUGCUCAUAUGCUCGGACAAUCAUUUGGUUCGCUUGAUCUGGAAAAUGACGAUUUUCAAAUGAUGGAAAGACAAAUUGGCAGCAGUGAUUCUUACAUAUGGCUGAAUGAUAUUAUUCAUCGAGCAAACUUGUUUACCAUCAUAACCAUGUUAUUGACCGGCAAGUACCAAAAUGAGGUUCAGAAACGUUUAAUGAAAUGUGAUUUUGUUAACCGACUAAACAAUUCAUUUGAAGAAGUUAUUUGGAAAGAUUUUCCUGACAUUCCAGAUCUUUCUGCAGAUUCUGAAGACAUUUCCCAAACCACGUUUGUUAGAGUUCAGUUCCUCCGUUUGGUCCACUCCAUAGCAGAUAGCACAUCCUACAGAUACAGCCUUCUAUCCAUCGAGGAACUACAUACAUUGAAACAGAUUGCUGAAAAGAAAAACCACUCGCUACCGAGUGAGUUUCCAACACUUACUAAUGACACAGCUGCACCCCUGAGCAAGAGGAGCUUGUUGAGCCAGGUUAUGUCGAAACUUCAUCAAGAAUCCAUCACGUUUUGGAUCACUAGGGUUGUUGAAGCUUUCUUACGUGGCCCAACCAAUCCAACAACCCAGGCUUUUUUGCUUGAUAAAAAUAUAGUGGAGAGUACUGUGGGAGUUCUUAUUUCUACACGGCCAAUGCACGAGUUGGUGAGGCAAGGUUGCUUUGAUAUGCUUUCCACUGUUAUGAAAGUCAACGUUGAUGCUUUUACAAGAUGUGAUAAUGCUCUUAAUUCAGCAAGGAAAUUUCAAACGUUCAUAUCAGCAGUUGAAGAUAGUUUGAUCGAUUCAAACAUGUUUAUCAGAUGUGUCAUACUAACAACUCAUUAUAUACAGACAUCGCAAACAGAAAAUAAAGAAGUCCUGGUGACAAACAGGUUAUUAGAAUACUACACAAACCAUAAGCGUCGGAUACAAGUUAUUGCAAGACUUGUAACCCUUCUAGAUGUUUCUACUUUAUCACAGGAAACAGUAAGUUGUCUCAAUACAAGUCUUCUACUGCUCAUAAUGGCGCACAGGAAUAAUAGGCUUGCCAGUUAUCUCCAAUGUUUAUAUGGUGUGUACGAACCAGCAGUCCUGGAAAACCUUUAUAGUUUGUUGCAGUUUUGGAUAGUUCAUUACUCUCUUCCUUUUAAGAAAAAUGACAGAAAAUCUCUUGAAUUUGGUUCCUUGACUCAAUUUUCCGAAUGGGAAAGCGUUGCUCGAACUCUGCUUGACCCUGACCUGAGGUCAGAAAUUUCUAUUAAGCAUUACCUUGCAAAAGCAGAUGAGAUCGGUCGUACAUAUGGCUCCCCUAAUCUAACAUAUAUUCGUUGGCCUUAAAUCUUGGUUGUUGUGUUUUAGUUCUGGGCUAUAGAGAAAUGCCAUCACUUGGUUAAACUGCCAAAUUGCAACAGGGAUGACAUUUUAGUAAAGUUAUAGUUUCUUAUUAUAUUUUAUUUCAAUACUUUCAUUUACCUUCCUGAUAUAAAUUGUUUCCAACAUUGCCACUUGGUAUUAAAGGCAUGUUUUGUGAGAUUUAUUGUUUUUAGGCAGCAUCUUCAAAAUUAGCUAUAUUUGCCUGAGUGUGUUGUAAUAAAUGUGUGCUGUCAACAGUUCAGUUUUCUGAAUUUCUGUCACUAAUACGCAUAUGACCUUAUUAUUUUUUAACGUCUUGCUACUUUCAUAAUGAGUACAAUUUAAGGUAUGUCUAGAAU